AUGCCAUUGAUGACGCCAGCUCGUCCGACGGUCAUGGACUCCCCCCGUCAUCGCGCUCCGACUGACACUAAGAUGCGGCAGUCCCAACUAGACCCCCUCCCGCGGGACCUGCCCUUUCGCAUCGUCUCCAAGACGGUCGGCCGCGGCGCCUACGCCUCCAUCAAGAAAGCCAUCCCCCUCGACUCCCCGACGCCCGUCUUCGCCGUCAAGCUCAUCCACAAGGGCUACGCCACCAAGCAUGGCCGCAUCUCCACCAAGCAGCUGGCCAUGGAGGUGUCGCUGCACUCGCACGUCGGCCAGCACCCCAACAUCAUCGAGUGGUUUGCCUCGGGCGAGGACCCCGUCUGGCGCUGGAUCGCCAUGGAGUUUGCGGAGGGCGGCGACCUCUUUGACAAGAUCGAGGCCGACGUCGGCGUCCGCCAGGACAUUGCCCAGCUCUACUUCCUCCAGCUCGUCUCGGGCGUCAGCUUCAUGCACUCAAAGGGCGUCGCCCACCGCGACCUCAAGCCUGAAAACAUCCUCCUCUCCCACGACGGCGCCCUCAAGCUCGCCGACUUUGGCAUGGCCACCAUGUUCGAGUACAAGGGCCAGCGCAAGACGAGCUCCACCCUGUGCGGCAGCCCCCCCUACAUUGCCCCCGAGAUCCUCGUCUGCGGCCGCGCCGACAAGAAGACGUCCGCUGCCGCAAAGUACUCGUCCGACCUGGCCGACCUGUGGUCCUGUGGCGUCAUCCUCUUCGUCCUCCUCGUCGGCAACACCCCCUGGGACGAACCGUCGCCCGGCAGCUGGGAGUUUGGCGAGUACAUCCGCACCUCGGGCCACAGCACCGACGCCCUCUGGGAGAGGGUCCCGCCCGAGGCCCUCUCCCUCUUGCGCGGCAUCAUGUCCGUCGAUCCUGCCCGCCGCUUCGGGUUCCCCCAGAUCCGCCAACACCCGUGGUAUACGCGCCGCAAUCCGCUCCUCACCGCCGAUGGCAAGGUCUCGGACCCCAUCAACCUCGCCACCCGGAUGCUCGAGAAUCUCCGCAUCGACCUGAGCCAGCCGCCCUCGGCCUCGCAGCGGCAGGCCACCGCGCCCGACCACAUGGACAUGGACCCGGGCCCCGGCAACUUCUCGUCGACGCAGCCCGAGACGCCCAUCAGCGACAAGGCGUGGGACUGGGAGCAGCCCGUGCUGCGCUCCAUGGUGGCGCCCGCCGCCUCGCUCCCCCCGCGCGCCGUGCUCGGCGGCACCCUGGCCGACGAGCCCUCCAUGUCGCAGUUCUCCCACACCCCGGGCCCGUCCAUGACCCUGACGCAGCAGGCCCGCCGCUUCCGCGACAUUUGCCCGCCCGAGUCCCUCACCCGCUUCUUCUCCCACGUGCCCGCCGCCCAUCUUGUGCAGAUGCUCAGCGACGCGCUGCAUCAGCUCAACGUGCCCCUGGUCCCCGUCUCGCCCAGUCUGUCAGGCGGCAACCCCGUGGCCAACAUCAAGGUCAAGGCCCUCGAUGGGAGGCAGCAGAACCUUCACGGCGAGAUCAAGGUUGAUAGGCAGCCGCUGCCCGACGGCAGCGAGGUCCUCGACGUGCGUUUCAUCAAGAUCAAGGGCGACCCACUCGAGUGGCGGCGUUUCUUCAAGAACGUCGUCGUCUUAUGCAAGGACGGCGUCUACGUCCCGGACGCCUAG